AUGCCUGCUAAACCACUCAGACUACUGAAGCAAGUCCAGACGCAAAGAUGGCUGCAACAGCGCGGAAACUUAACAAACGUCCUUGCUCGCUGUUACGCUCGACGGUCGUAUUCCGAUGUCACCGCAGCGGAAGCCAGCAAGAACCCCGUAGGGGAUAGCGAUAUCCGUGAGGGCUGUCUCUUCAUUGAUUCCGUGUUUCCCAUCCGAUUGGGUGCUUGGGAUGUGCGGCGUUAUUUGGGUUAUUUCCGCGAGGAAACGAUUUUGGAUCGCUUGCGUUCGCUUUUCGCGGGCAUAACUACGCACGGCUUUCAGCUGUUGUCUCUGCAGCCGCACGAGAAGGAUGGCGGCGUCUUCGUCAAGUUCAGGUACACCGCUGGUGACCCCGAGCCAGCGCUCGAGAGUAUCGUACACGACCUAAGGGAGAAGGCGGCUCAGCAAGGCGGCAUUCCGUCUUGGGCCGGACUUUCCAGGAGUGACAUCUGGCUCAUCAAGGGAAAGCCAUGGCGCGAGGACAUGAACCGAUUCCCGUCGCCUCUCUUAAGGGUGGCUUUUGAGGGGCCAGACGUCCCAGAAGAAUCGCUCUACAACCUUCUAAGACCAUACGGGCGCAUACAGGACCUUACGCAGCCACUACCACCCUCCGUGCCGGGCGGUCUACGGUAUUCUACCGUCACAUUCGGUCGGGUCCGCUCUGCGGCCAUUGCUCACAAUGCCAUUCAUGGGUCUCAAGUUCGACCAUCUCCGUCAUCCUCCUCCGCUACUGUGCUGCGUACCACAUAUCAGCCGCCUGUGCAGGCACAUGCUUUUCGUGACUAUGUCACAGGCCAUCCACGCAUAUUCCUUCCAGUGGUCAUCUUUCUGCUGGGCGCCCUGACGUACACGAUUUUUGAUCCCAUCCGCGAACUCAUGGUGGAAGGCAAGCUAGAAGGCUGGUUUGACGUUCGCGAGUUCCGGAUGUACCAAUGGUUGCGCAGUAAGGCUUUGCAGGGAUUCUCGCUUUCGUCAAACUCCGAGGGUGAUAAGGCCCUUGUAUCUACCGCCCAACACGUAUGGAAAGAGCGUCAAGAUGCAGAAAGUGCCUUAGAAAGAUAUCUUACGGAUAUGCCAAACAGUGUCGCAUUCAUCCACGGUCCGCAGGGCAGUGGGAAGACCCCCAUGAUCGCCGAGAUUUUGGAGGUGAGCGGUCGUAAAGCACUGAUCAUUGACGUCGCCGAGUUGUCGAAGAAGACAUCGGACACGGCUCUUGUUGCUGGACUUGCACAACAAACCGGCUACUGGCCGGUGUUCUCUGUGUUCAAUUCCCUCAGCAACGUCAUUGAUCUGGCUAGCGUGGGGUUAAUCGGGCAGAAAGCUGGCUUUAGUUCCUCACUGACCGACCAGCUCAAGCAAAUAUUGGAAGUGACAGGGAUAGGUCUUGCUCGCGUCAAUGCCACACACCGCAAGCAACGUGACCGCACUGCCAAGAACGCCUAUCUGAAAGAGCUGAAGAAGGAGCAAGAAGAGCGCCGCAGUGAGCGGAUCCGCGAAGGCCUGUGGCACGACCCGCGCCUGGAUUGCAUUGCCGGCAACGGCGUGAUGAGCGAGCUGGGCGUGGGCGACGAGCGAUUUGGCGAGAACGAUGUGGACGCCAGACGCGUCAGCGUCAGCACAGGCUCUAGCGAUGAGAAAGAUGCGGGUGAGAAGCAUGAGGACGAGACGAAGAGGAGAAGCAGGACCGUAGAAGACGUCCAGGCGGUGGAAUCAAUGCCGGUCGUGAUCAUUAAGAACUUCGAAUCGAAGGGCGGCGGGCAGAACAGAGAGGAAACGCUAGACGUGCUCGCACGUUGGGCGGCCAGCCUCGUGCAGAAUCAGGUGGCACAUGUUUUAGUUGCGAGCGAUAAUCGAGAGAAUGCGAAGAGACUAGCUAAAGCGCUAUCGUCUCAACCGUUGACCGUCAUCGCGCUGUCCGACGCUGACUAUCUGAGCGCACUCUCAUUUGUGAAGGAGGAGCUUCACGACGUUGGCGUCAACGUCGACUUCGACGGAGAAGAACGAGCCUACGUUCAACGCCUAGGUGGACGGGCGAGUGACCUUGAGAGCCUGGUCCACAAAGUCCGAAGCGGGCUGUCCGUUCAGGAAGCCGUCGACGACAUCAUAACUCGCGGCGUCAGUGAGAUACGGAAGAACGCGUUUGGGGACGAUCUGGAUGAUGCGAAGAAUUUGCCAUGGACGAGAGAACAGGCUUGGGCUUUGAUGAAGAAGUUGGCCAGGCAGCCUGAGAUAUCAUACCACGAAGUCUUGCUGGACUUCCCAUUCAAGAAUGACGAGAUGCCACUACGACAUAUGGAGCAUGCCGAACUCAUCUCCAUCGCUACCGAGAACGGACGGCCGUCCACAAUAAAACCCGGCAAGCCUGUGUACAGGUUCGUCUUUGAACGGCUGGUGCAAGACUCAGUAUUCCAGGCCAGUCAAGAUAUCGCAUUCAAUGAGAAGGUCAUCGCGGCGUCAGAAAGCAUCGUGAAGGCUUGCGAACAAGAGCUUCUCGCUUUAAAGGAUGUGAACGCAGGCACAUCCGACUGGUGGGGAUCCCGAACGGCGGUCAGAGACCGAUCCAACUAUCUUCUCAAGAAGAUGAGAAUCGCGGAGGAGAAGAUUGAGGCCCUUGAGAAGCAGAAUGGGAAUCUCAGGAAGGUACUCUCUAAAUAA